CGCUCACGGCUUGACAGGAUCGAUACGCUCUCCUUAUUAGCGGAUUCAUAGCUUGCGGCUGUUCGACAUCAUGACAUUGACCAAGUCGUUUUCGGUCUCUGGAAAAACUGCCAUCGUAACUGGCGCCGGCUCAGGCAUAAACCUCGCAUUUGCCCAACUUCUUCUCUCCCACAAAUGCAAUGUCGUAUUUGCAGAUUUGGAGCUGCGGCCAGAAGCAAAAGAUGUCGUCUCGAAACACCAGAGCGAGGACAAAGCUCAAGCCUCGUUUAUCAAAACGGACGUAACCUCGUGGACUGAUCUUUCCAACAUGUUUAGUUUUGCGCUUGAGAAGCAUGGAGACAUCGACAUUGUUUGCCCGGGCGCAGGUGUGUACGAGCCUCACUGGUCGAAUUUCUGGCAUCCGCCUGGCUCUAGCGAAAGUCGAGAUGCGGUCGACAAAGGUCACUAUGGGCUGCUGGACAUCAACCUGACGCAUCCUAUUCGCGUAACGCAAAUGGCGAUAUCGCACUGGCUGUAUCCUCGACCGCCAACUGAAGGCUCCAAGUUCACCACAGCGCCGCCCAAGGCGUCUCCCAGCAACCCCAAGAGGGUCAUCCACAUUUCGUCAGUUGCCGCCCAGAUACCCGUCUGGAGAGCUCCGCUGUACGCCGCAUCCAAGUUUGGUCUUUCGGGCUUUGUUCGCAGCGUCGCGCGGCUAGAGCCUCUGUUUGGCGUGCGAGUCAACGCCGUCGCGCCUGGAAUCGUUCAGACUCCUCUCUGGACGGAGCAUCCAGAAAAGCUGAUCAACAUUAAUCUGUCCCAAGACGCAUGGGUGACUCCGCAGGAAGUGGCGCAGGCAAUGCUCAGAUGCAUCGAGGACAAUGAGAAUGUCGGAGGAACAGUUUUGGAGGUUGGCGCUGGCAACACUAGAAAAGUCGAUGCAUUCAACGACCCAGGCCCAGACCGAGAUCCCAGAAAGGGGCUGAUUACCAGCAACAAUGAAUUUGGCGAUGGAGAAGUGCUUGAUUGGCUCCAGGACGAAGGCGUUUGGGGACCUCAUCUAUAGGUCAUUUGGGCCAUCGUGUUCGCACGAGACGUGCUGAUUACACACGUCGAGUUGUGUAGGCUUCAUAUUUCUUCAAUGACGCUGGUUCAGCCUUGUGGAGGCGUGAGCAACCAAGGCACAUGGUCAAAUAGUCUUGACGGAGACACAUGCUAAAGUAUACAAGCAUCAUAAAGCAUUACAGGAGUUCCUCUGCCAGCAGCGCAAAGUGAGAACUUGCUUCGUUUUAGCAUCGCCGUCCCCACCCAACAAGAAUGUGUGCAUGAUUCCAAACCCCAUGAACUGCAAGCGCUUACAGCUGAACCACGCCCCACGGGCCUGC